AUGGCGGCACAGCUUACGAUCUGGUUCUACUUCGUCCGCGACAACUUCGAGCCCGACGGACACUGGUCUUGGCCUGUGACAGUGUCUGAAGGCACCACCAUCGCUUCAUUCCAGCAGGAGGUCAAGGACUUCGUCCGCCCCAAGCUCAACGAUGUCCAUCCCGCGAGGCUCCGCGUGUGGAAGCUGGAAACCCCGUGGAAGCUGCUUGUGGAUAGCACGCCCACGGUGAGGGCAGAGGACGGAUGGCCAGAGGACUGCACCACUGUUCUGGUGCAGCUCCCCGCCGCCCGAGGCGACCCUCCGUCUGCGGAUGACGCCUCUGCUCGGGCCACGCAGGACCUGGUCCGCGAAUACAGCGACAUCUUCGUCCAAGUGACGGAGCCAGGAUGUUUCCAGGAGUCCGACAUCGCUCUGAACGACAUCAAAGAAACAGCGGCGGUCCCGCCGUUUGUCGAGCGGUUCCGCGACACGCUGGACAGGAAACCGGACCUACCCGACGACCUAGCCGAGCUGUGCGUCGACCGCGACGCGUGGGCUGCGUAUGCCCUGCUCCCCGAGCAAAAAGGCCUUGCGGACGACGGCGGGCCAUCUGGCGAUCCCGCCGUCGAACGCGGACCCGGGCGUACUGAGGAGCCAGUCGCCGCGAAGGAUCCAUCCAGGCCCCAGGAGGAAGAAGAGACGCAGCGCCGCGCCGUCAGCCAACUUGAGGCGGCCCAUAUCAACUGGGUCGCGUCCAUCGAGUGGGAGAGAUUCUGGACACAUGGCCUCGCCAGUCUGGAACCUAGCCUGGAGGAAGCCGCGGCGUACGCGAUGUUCUUCUUCGGCCUCAUGGCGUCUGUUCCGCGGAACCCAACCCUCAGUGCUCGGCGACGCGACAGGGCGUGGCCUCUGACGCUCAUUACGCAGUGCCAGCGUCUCUGCGCCCGGUCUGGUGAGAGUCCCUACCGGAUGUACACGCCGCACAGCGACUUCCUCUUGUCGAAGUCGUCUGUUCCUCGCCUGCUCGUCGAGGUGCAGUCAUGCCCGACGAUGUCGUGGGCCGAGGACCUGGUCCGGAUGGUUCUGCAAGGCGCCGCUGUCGUGCGGAUGGCGAACACGUUCAUGGACGAAUUCAAGGAGAAGAAGAACUUUGUGCUCGUCGCCGUCUAUAUUGCCGGGAAUGGCACAGUGACUACCUAUACCUUAUUCCAGGUGAAGGAGAAGCGUCGCAUCGUCUAUUACUAUAACGACAUCCAGCAAUUGGACAGUCCGGUUGAACGGGUCACUUUCGUUCGCCGGCUGUACAACCUACUCUACACACUGCACGACGGCGACGAGGGCGACGCUACGGAUGCGAUAAUCAACGCGUAUCGAGCAAAGGUGUCCAAAGCAGGUGUCUACAUGCAGUGGUUCUCUCCCGGCAAGUCGAACAAACGCCCUCGCAUGGAUGGCAGUGGUGGUAGCGAUCGAGGCUCCGAUGCGGGCGAUGCGGGCCCAGACGGAGCAGAGGCGGCAGAGUUCAGGGCGCACGGCUACGAGGUGACAUCGUAUGUCAUUGUGGACAGUAGUGGCGUCGUGUGGGAGCCGUUCGAAACGUUCCCGCCCAACAUCCGCGCCGUCGACAGAAUUGACGGCCGGGGAGCGCGCCUCAUCGCAAAGAAAGUGCGCGAGCAUUCAGACGAGCUCAGGCUCCUCAAACUCCUCGACACCACCGAGCCAGGCCGUGAGCACAUCAUCUCGAUACUCGAUACGUUCCAUUCGCCGUCCGGGCCGUGGAUGAUCUUGCCCAAGAUGUCCUCUGUCGCAGGCACCCUCGAUCGCGCUCCUGGGUCCCUUUCUGGCAAGGCCGUUCGACUCUGCUGGGGCCUCGUCAAGGGCGUCGCGUUCCUCCACAAGCACCUCGUCGCUCACAGGGACAUCAAGCCGGAUAACCUCGUACACGACGGGUACUACUGCCUGAAAAUCAUCGACUUCGACGUUGCGGUUCAACUGCAAGACGAAGACGACGAGGUCGACGACUGCCCUGGGACGAGACAUUGGAAGGCGCCCGAGGUCGCAAAAAAGGUGCCGACGUACAGCCCGAUCAAGGCUGACCGAUGGUCGUGCGGGCACGUCGUUCUGCACUUGCUCGAUACGAUUGGGGACCAAGACGGGCUUCUGAGGACGAUCGCGACGACGCUGAAGGCGGAUGAUCCCCAGCAGCGGCCGUCGCUGCUCGAAUGGCGCGAGUGGGCAACCGGAGCGCUCCCUUCCAACGUGGUCGCCCGAACGCAAAAACGGGACGCGGAUGUCGCAGAGCUUCCUGAUGCGAAGAAGCCAAGACUGGCCGAGGCUCAUUCUGCACCGGCUCCGUCUGCUGUUAACAAACCCGAAUAG